AACGCCAUAUUGACUGUACUGGAAAACAGAGUGGUAGCACGUGGGAUAGGAUACCAAAUACGCCGUUUGCUCUGGACGUACACAUAUCUGCCUUGAAUAUUGGAUCGAAAUUGAUGACUGUCAUAAGAAAUUGUUAAGUGCAAGCUGAACUAUUGAGCAAGACCCUAACGGCAGUUCGCGAACGUUGUGCGGCGGGUCUGGUUGCUUACUGACCAUUCGCACAGCAAGUGUGUGUGCACGUCAAGUGAUUUGUUGCUGAAGAAUUUGUCUUCGGUGUUAUUGCGCAGACGUUCCAGUUGGGCCGGCCGAGGCGGCGCUUGACACGUGCUGUUUCGUUGACCAUCGGGACGUGAGAAUCAGCUGAAUUAGCGUGAUUAUCGUUAGAGGUCUGAUACCUGAGGAUUGGACGCUGCUUGCCAUUGGCCAAUUAGCGCACGACCUCACUCUUUGCAGGCCUCACUUUUGGUUCAUCGUUGACAUUUGCACCGUGGUGUCAGUCGUGGAAGUGAAUAAUGGCACCCACAUCAUGCCGCCACACUUUGAUCUGGUCUCUGCCAACAGUUGCCCUUUUGCUCACUUUCCUCUGGUACAAAAGCAGAAGAGGAUCAUCGCGAAGUGACCCAGGGGGGACGGCUAAAGGGACUCGAAAAGCCAAGAAGCAGGAAGAGAGAACCAAAAAUCGCACAUCGAGUUUGUUGGCUGAGGAUAGUAAGAAAACAGUGAAGGAGGACAUUUGUUCCACAAGUAAAGAACAAACAGUAAUCAGAAAAGGUUCAUCCACGACAGGAACAGUGGGUCUUGAGUUGGGAUAUCCAGAAGAACAACAAAGUGAAAUUAAUUUUGCUGCAAAAGUUAUUGAGAAGCCAUCUGUUGAAAAUACUGUACCUUCCAGUGGAACGAACUUUUCCACUGACUCCAGUGAAAUUAUCUCGGUAGGAGAAAGCUCUCAUGAUUUAAUAGUUGGAAAGUGUGAUAACAGUGCUGAUAAUAAAAACUCGCUAAUAGAGCUAUCAGAUACAUCCAAAUCAAAUUGUGUUAUUAAUAUUACUAGUGACAGUAGGCUCAGUGCUGAAGAAAAUAGUGGUAGCAUAGAAGGAUUGUUAGUGCACUGUGAUCCAAAAGAAUCAAACUUUGAAGUAAAAACGAACUGCGAGGGUGCUGUACUGCAAAGGGAAAGCUCUGAAAUUGCUGUACUGACGGAAAUAGACUCUGCAAUAGUUUUUCCACCGGAAAGUGACACACAAAUUAGUGGACAAUUGGAAUCAGCUGCUGAGAGUGUUAUCUCUGAUCCAAAGGAAAUAACCUAUGAAAUAAGUAAUUUACAGGAAUCACUGAAUGAACCAGGUCUUGGGAUAACUAUCCCCACAGACGUACAUACUGAGGUAGCUGUCCCCAAGGAAACAAUCCUCGAGGUUCCUCCCGAAGACGAAACAAUUUACGAAGUAGCUCUCCAAAAAGAAACGAUUUACGAAGUAACUGUCGAAAAAGAAACAAACUCCGAGGCAUCUGCCUCAGAGGAAAAGAAUCCCGAUAUUACUGUGUUGCAGGAAACAGUCUCCGGGGUUACUGUUCCAAAGAACACAAUAUUUGAAGUACCAGCUUCACAGGAAAUAAACUCUGACAUAAUUGUUGCACAGGAAACGGACUGUGACUUAGUUGCUACACAGGAAAUAACCUCCGACAUAGUUUUUGCACAGGAAACGGACUGUGUCUUAGGUGCUGCUCAAGAAAUAAACUCUGACGUAGUUGUUGAACAGGAAACGGAAACGGUCUCUGAGUUAGUUGCUAACCAAGAGGCUGACUUUGAUGUAACUGUCCCACAGGAAGAGGACUCCAAAGUCAUCAUCCCACAGGAAACACACUUUGAGGUAACAGUCUCUCAAGUCUGUCAUCCUGGAAACACCAUUGGUGAUACCUAUCAUUCUGACACUUUCAAAAGUGAGGAGAAUAACCUGAGUAUUGGUAGUCAGUGUUCUGAUUGUAGCCGUGUGUCGUAUUCAAACACAUUUGCUACAGGCAGUGAAGAAGUGAUUUCUGCUGCUGAGUGCAACGGUGCUGAGGACUUGCCCAGCAGUAAUCUUACAGACAGACACACUGAAGAAGACACUAUGCCAGAACCUGUAAGAGAGGACUGGACAUUAGAGAAAAGCUCUGAUAUUCAGGCAGAGCCAACUUCUGAAACUCAGAGGAAAGAUACAGAUCAAACCUGUGGAGAAGAUAACGAGUGUUCUCAAAACAAAGAUUCAGAAUCUACACAGUCAGCCAGAAUGCAGACACCUCCACCUGUAAAAGAAGUAUCGGAUGAGGCGGACACUGCAGCAACAGGCAGUAGCUGUGGUCUUGAAGGCAAGCUGGCUGCACUGGAGCUGGGAAAGGGUCGCGAUUCAGCCAAUCAUAGCCCUGCAGAGGUUAUGCUUGCCAGUCCAUCAGCAUCUAGCUACUCAGAUGAGGGGUCAAGUGACAGUGGCAAGGGAUGCAGUGAUUUAGCAACACCACCAUCACGCACUCCAGCAAGUGGCAGUUCUGUAUCUGGAGAUGCUACUGCCUUGUCUGUGUAUGAAUUUGUCCUACCCCAGCACCUUGUAGGCCGUCUUAUUGGCAGGCACGGGGCAUUUGUACACCAAAUUAAAGCAAAAACAAAUGCAAGUAUACUCAUCAAGAGGCAUCCAGACACACAAAAACUGAAAAUUUGUGCUGUGGAAGGUACACAGCUCGAUAUUGAGAGCGCUCUUGAGAUGAUACGCAAGAAGUUUCCAUUGAAGCACUAUCCCAGUAUAACUCUUGAGCAAGUGUGCUUUGUGCCACCUGUUACAGUAUGUCCAAUUUUACCAGAAUGUUUGCAGUUAAUGCUGGUGGAAGGUGUGAGCAAUGAUGUGAUUCUUUCAAGCUUAGUGACACCAGGCCAUUUCUUCCUGCAACAGCCAACUCAUCCUACAUUCCCUGCUCUGAACAGGCUAAAUGCCUGUAUGAAUGUGUGUUAUAGUGAACCAAAUGUACCUCUUUUGCCGACACCUGUUGACCCUGGUGUAAUAUGUGCAGCCCCCACUAUGGGCGGAUGGUAUCGAGCACAAGUCGUCUCUGUAGAACCUGAAACUAAUGUGUGUGAAGUAAAAUUUGUUGAUUACGGAGGUUAUCUGUCAUUAGAACAUACAGCAUUGAGACAAAUUCGCUCAGAUUUCAUGACUCUACCAUUCCAAGCAUCAGAAUGUUUCUUGGCUAACGUGAUUCCUGCAGGAGGUGAGGAAGCAUCAUGGAGUGCUGAUGCUGCUGCAGUAAUGGAGGAACUAACACAUGGCCAAGUCCUUCAGGCACAAGUGUGUGACUACACGGAAGAAAACAUACCUAAUGUAUUUCUCUACGCUGUCCAUUGCAAUCAGGUGGUGCUUGUCAACCAAGAGCUCGUUUUAAGGGGCCUUGCUGAGUGGUGGAAACCUGAGGACGUUAAUGAUGUGUCAUGUGUGUAAGAAGAGUACCAGUUUUGGAAAGUUCCUGUGGCAUUUUAACAAGUCUUCCUGUCUGCAAAGACAAGAGUAUGGAGGGAGAGUUUAAUUCGUUAAUAUCAGAAGGUGCUUUGCACGUACUGCAAACAAUUGAACCAUGAUUGCUUUUGUAAUUGCAUGCAGUAGGAAUUCUUGUUUCAUUUUGUACUUCUGAUUGAGAGUGUAAAUUAUUAUUUUCAAUUUGAGUGUUAAUGUUUCUAUCUAUAAGUUAAUUUCAUGAAGCUAUACCGUAAUGUUUUGCUGUGAAUAAAAAUUAAAUCUUUGAAAAUAGUGUUUGAGGUGGAUGUAAUUUUAGAUAUAAUUGGAUUAGAAAUAAACUGUAAUCUGUUAAAAGCCAUUAUUAAUGUAUAAAGAAUCAUGUGAUAUUCAUUUCCUGUUACGUAUAUACAAUUUGCUUUAAUAUUUGUAGAUACUGUUGUAUAUGUUGUUUGGCGUACACUAGUUUGAAGUAGCAAUCACAUUUAAACAGAGAAGUGUGUCGAAGGAUAAAAGUUAUGUUCCAACAAAUAAAAAAUAAUCCAAUAUUCAUUUUGAAUGGUGGGAACGUCUCCCAAAUGACUGUAAUCAUCGUUUGUAUACAUUUAUGAUGUGUGGUGUGUUAUUUUUAAUCGGAUAAACUUGCCUGAUUGCUUUGUAAUACAGAAGCUUCUUGUAAAGAAAAUUGUAAAUAAUAAGGGAAGAAAUUUACUGUGUUGUGGUAACUUUACAACAGACUGAAUUUUAUGCAGGAGUGAUCAGAUUCCAUUGAAAAAUGUAAUCAGAUAUUUUAUUGCUUUGAAUGUUUUUAAUGGAUUACUAUUGCUGGGAUUGCAUAUUUCUGUACAGAGAGCAGCUCUAAUGAAGUUGUUAAAGUGAUCAUAAAUAUUAUUUUUGGUAAAAAACAAAAGAAAAAUCUUGAGUGAGAUGUAGUUCUGUAAACUUGGGAGUUUCCUACAGUUGCGUUAGUGUCAUUUUGUUAGUGUUUGUUAAUUUGUGAAAUCUGUUGCCAAUGUGGAGUUUUGUUUUGUGCUAUGAAUUGCAAUAUAUGUUAAAGAAGUUGGUACAUGUUACUUAUUCAGGUACCUGGAUAGCAGCCACAUAAUUAUUAUCAAAAUACAGUUAAAGAUUUAUUCAGAACCAUAAUGAGAAUGUAGGGAGAGUGACUUCAUGUGGAUGUCAGCAUUUAAAAUAUGAACAUGUUAAAUAUUUCCAGUUAUUUGCUCAAUGUAUCACACUUCCUGAUAACUGUCCAAAGUUGCCUUACAUUAAUUAGCAGCCAUGUAAUGAGUUUGCACAAUAGAAAUGAUUGUACGUCACAUCUAAUCUGACUCAUGAAAGAGCAUCCAUUUAUCAUUAACAAAAUGGAAAGAGAUUAAUCAUGCAGAGUUCCAGUUUUUAUGUUUACAUGCUUUGGCUUCCCACCUUUCGGGGAAAUCUCCACAGAAAUAAAAAAAAAAAAAAAGG